AAGAGAGAGAGAGAGCGUUUGCGCAAGAGAACGACAUUGUGAUGUGCGAGUAGAAAGACAAAGAGGGGCGGAAGAAAAAGGAAGUCUUCUAAACUCGUCCGUCCAGCGAUGCGGUUCCUCUCGGGGACCCCCUGCUGAGCGAGGCUCCUCGGGUACGUAUGGCCGUCUUCUUACUGGUAUUACCGAAAUAUUACGUUGAACACUUGAAAUGAUGGACAAUUCACAUAAAACUGAAUAGAUUAACUGCCUGAAUCAUACAUCUGAAACAUGAGAUUCAAUACCGGGUGGAACUUCACACUUGUAAACGACACGGUGGUUCAAAAUGUCGACCUUACUUUGGGUUUCAUUUUGACGUCUUUACUUCAGAUUUAAUUGACUCAAGUUGUGUCAACUGGCACAUUGCCCAACGUGCCAGUUGACACAACUUGAGUCUAUUUAUAUUUAUUCUACCGCUUUCAUCUUUUCAAAGUGUCUCUGACUGUUCGAUUACGUUCAGAUGAUAUGAUGUCAUUGUCCUUUGUUCCCCUCUGUGUAAUAUGUUAUAGUCUCAUAUAUACGUGACAUAUCGGCUCUUCCCAUGAAGUCCCUUCCAGUCCUGCUCAGUUCGGCGUCAUCCGGGGGCAGAACGUGAAGAACAAGAAAUAUCUUCAUGAUUAGGAUUAUUAUUGGAAUCUCCGUGGUUACCUAACUCUCUGUGGUGCCAAUGUUCUCGGUCAAGUGUCACUUCUCGCCGCUCGUUGCCGCCUCCUCAGGAUGAGCGUUCUCCUCAGGAUGAGCGUUCUCCUCAGGAUGAGCGUUCUCCUCAGGAUGAGCGUUCUCCUCAGGAUGAGUGUUCUGCUCGAUGAGCGUUCUGCUCGGCGUUGAUCGUCGUUCUCUCACGACUGUUCUGACUCUUGCAGUUUCAGUCACUCAUAGUUUCGUCUACGUAGAAAAGAAACAGGACCGUCGACUUCUCUCGCUCUUCUCCAUCCGCCCAGUUUCAGUUCAAUAUGCUUUGUUGACAUGAAUGUCACCAGGACAGUAGAGACAACAAAUAAUAAUGAGGUUGUAUAAAGAAAGGACGGGGAACAAUUACGACAUAUUCUAAAAGUGUAAACGACCCUAUUUGCUUUUUAAGUUCCACUCCCCCACUUCACGUCAACGUGUCUCACACAUUGGUUCAUUUUCUCUUCUCCCCUCACAGAGACGUGGCGGUCAUGGCCGUGGAGAUCCGGGCGUCCCUGUACGCCCUCGCGGUUCUGUGCUCGGUGCUCGCAGAACACUCUCACCAAGACCGGCGAGGCCUCUCCUGCGUGAACGACUUCAUCAACAACGUCAGCUGCACUUGGCAGCGCUCUGCCGCCGUGGCUCCCGGGGCGGACUGCCAGAUCCUGUGUACGAAGAUAACCUGGGACAUCAGGGAUUUCAAGAAUAUGAAAAAAAACAUCACUGAAAGCUGCGAGCUGAAGCGACACCACAACGCCACGUCAGGCUGCAGCUGUGUCUUUAGAAAUGAGGAGUUCAACGCUUACACCAACCUGCCCUGCAUCCGGGUGGAGUGCAGCGGGGCGCUGAUGGAGCAGCUCUCACACUACUCACCGUUCCGUCACAUCAAAAUGCAUCCUCCAGGUGUGCCCAACGUCAGCAGCUCGGCCAAUGAGACGAGGCUCUCGUGGAGUCGGGGCGAGCCGUCCUCCGACCUCCUCUCGUCUCUUCACUUCCAGGUUCAGAUCAAACAGAAGGGCGAGUGGUGGAACCGGAGCAGCUCUCUGAUCACACUGGAGCCGAAGCUCAGCUUCCCUGCUGGGCGGCUGACGGGGGUCCGCCGGGUCCGGGUCCGGGUCAGACCCGUCGUUCCAGGGAGCCACUGGAGCGACUGGAGUCCGACGGCGUCCUUCUUGGUGACACCUUCACGGGGUCAAGAGUCGCCUCUGGGUCAGACGUCACUGGUCAUGAGGGGAGUGAUGUUCAGCCUGGGCGUUGUCAUAGUGAUGCUCGUCCUCUACAGGAGCUGUGCGAUCAAGAGGCUCCUCAAAGGGAAGCCAGUACCAAACCCGUCGACAUACUUCCACUCUCUCCACUCUGAACACGGAGGAAAUCUAAAGAAAUGGCUGAAUCCUCCGUCGGCCUCCGAGCCGUUCUUCGCGGCUCCGCCACGCGACAGCUUCUCCCCGCUGGACGUCUGUUCCACCGGCGGCGAGGACCCCUCCACCUCCUCCACCUUCCCCUCCUCCGGCUCCUCCGGCUCCACCAGCGCCCUGCUUCACCUCGGGUCCCACCCUUCGGCGGGCUUAGACACCAGCGGGGUCGUCGACAAUUCCUCCUCCCCAUCAUCCUCCUCCUCCUCCACAUCUUCCUCCUCCUCCUCUUCAUCCUGCUUCUCCAACAUGGGCUACUUCAUGUCCAGCUCCUCCGGCAGCUCGACACGGACUGACCCCAACCCCGCUUACUUCACCUAUCAGGAGGAUUUCCACAAUCUGCACGACAGCCUCUCCCUCCACCCCUUCCUCCACCCCUCCCUCCACCCUUCCCUCCACCCCUUCUCGACCUACGAGAGCUUGAAGAGGGAGCCGCAGAGCCCGGACUCCGGCUUUGGCAUCGGAAAGGACGACGAGGACAAAUGUGUUGCCAUCGUAGUAGAGGACGAGGCUUCAGACGGUGACCCGGACCCUCCUCUUCUCAUCCUCACUCUCCAUCGCUCUGCCCAGAUGUGCCCCACCUCCUCUGCUCCAACCCCUCUGAGCACUCCCACUUUGAUAUCCUCUGAUCGCCAGCAGGUGGAGGUGGCGGCGGCAGGUGGCAGCCCUGCGGCCUGGCCUCUGGCCGGCGCCAUGUGCAGGUCUUCCUCCAUGCGCGUGGAGCCCUGCAGGACCGGCUACCUGACCCUCAAAGAGCUGCAGGCCACAUUCAGCAAUAAAUCCAUAUGAAACAUCAGGAAUGUGUUAAAAAUAAUCCCUUUUUAAAUAAAUCCAUAUGAAACAUUAGGAAUGUAUUAAUAAUAAUCCCUUUUUAAAUAAAUCCAUAUGAAACAUCAGGAAUGUAUUAAUAAGAAUCCCUUUUUUAAAAAUCUAUAUGAAACAUCAGGAAUGUAUUCAUAAGAAUCCCUUUUUUUUAAAUCUAUAUGAAACAUCAGGAAUGUAUUCAUAAGAAUCCCUUUUUUUUUAAAUCCAUAUGAAACAUCAGGAAUGUAUUAAAAAUAAACUGGUUCUAGACGUACGGACUGGCAGCGCUGGUCCCUGUGUAGCCGAUCCGCAUGUAUACUGUAUACUGGUGUACGAUACCUCACUGUUGAAUGUGUACAGGAUGCUUCAUUUCUUCCAAAGCCUGAACGUUUACUAUACUUUAAAGUAAAUGCUUGUGUCUGUUAUUAUUAACUGUGUUUUAAAAAAUAUAUAAAAAUACC